GGUUCAAGUGUGGCUUUGCCGCUAGUUUAUAACGGAGCCAUGAUUUACGACAGCCGCGCCGCGAAAGCCAUGGUCUCCCCGAAAGUGACCGCAAAAUAUCAGAAGCCGACGCGGAAACUCACCACAGUCCGAGAGCUGGCGCAGUACUUCCCGGACCGUUACGAAUAUCGCCCAGAAAGCGCUCGCAUUUUGGGUACUAACCACAGCGAUUUUGCACAACCCGCCACUCGCCGGACAUCGUCCUCGGGCACAGCCGGCCGCAGGCGAAAGACAAUACCGAAAUGCCGGGAGUGCAAGGAAAAAGGACGACGAGUACUGCCCAGGCACAGUGCCGACUACGCCGUAUUUGCCCUCUCCAGAAACGGACUUCAACCCGACAAACGUCAGUCCGGUGGCCAAGGCCUCGUACUACCUCACUCUUGGCCUGGAACGGACGGUGGACGGUGAUCGGGUGUGCUACAUGUGCUUUGGCAGCUUGGGAAGUGGGCCGGAAGCGUGCCGGAAGCGUGCCGUUGCAAAGGCUGAGUCCGACUCUCGUCGCCAUUAACACGGACUUAUCACUCGGUCGCAAAGUGGUUGUGAGCUCGGUCUCUCUCAAGGACAGGGCGAGCACCCUUGGCUUGUCCCUCCACUACUCACUGCAAACUGCCACGAUUCAUGAAUUCUCAGGCCGAAAACACAGACACGCUACACGAAUUUCGCCACCGGAAACGGGGCAAUACCAUCGCCAAAGCAGUGCCCAGAACCCACGAACUCCUUGACGGAUGAAGCCGUGAGAACAAUAUCGCUGUUGUCUAGAGAACGAUUGGAAUCACACCAGGCUAUGAUCAAUUGGGCGGCCCACG